ACUUCCUUUUCACUCCGGCAGAACUCGCGUGGCCUGUGUGCCGAACUUGCUAAACUCUUACUUGUACAAUAAAUAGUUGACUUUGUGUUUAACUUUGAAUAUUCUACUGUAUGUUUAAUAUGGCCUCCCAAGGUAUAUAACAGCGACUUAUAUUGUUUUACACCAACGCUCAUAUCUUGUGUAGCCGAGUAACAACCGCCCCUGGCCAGUGUUAGCUAAAGUAGCUCGGCCAACUUUGCUAUGGCACCCCUCCGGGUUCUGUGUAUCCAUGGUUACCGUCAGAACAGCGGCUCGUUCCGUGAAAAGACCGGAGCUCUGCGGAAGCUCCUGAAGAAACACGUGGAGUUCAUUUACCUGAGUGCACCGCACCGUGUGCAGCAAGUCAGCAGUGAAGGUGGGUAGUCCUCUACACCUGUGUCCAACUAAAACACGCGGAAGUAAACAGCAAUGAGGAGCAAACCUACUGAGAGUCACAGUGUAAUAUAUAUAUUUAUCUAUUGAACGUAAUUUUGUAGCCUGUUAAUGAGAACUACUGUAAGUGGCAAAUAUUUGUACAUUACAGUUUUCUGAAGAUAUGAAUACAUCUCAGACUAAAUCUUCUGUUACAAUUUUAGAAUUCACCUUUACCUAGAUCACCCUUCAAAACAAAGUUAUAAUGCACAUUUGUUAAUUUUGAGAUGCAUUCAUAACAUAAAAUGCAAUUUAUUAAAUAUUUUUAUUCAGUUCAGAUGUGAUCAGGAUGGAGGAUUGAAGAAAGAACUUGGAGCCCCUCGUCUGAAUUCAAAAUAAGACAACACAGAAAUGUUUAUUUAUUUAUUUGGAUCCCCUUUAGCUACUACCUAGGUAGCAGCUACUCUUCCUGGGGUCCACAAGAAGACAUUAAACAUUUGUAUAAAUUAAAAUGAUAAAAGUCCAAACAGGAAAAUUAUUCAAGAUGUUAAAAUCAUUACUAAAACAAGAAUUAUGAUGACAUUACAUUUCCAAUUACAACAGACACCAAUAAAGGCCAAGUUAAACGUACAAGUACUCAAAAUCCCCUUUGCAUGUAUUGUAUGUUGUCACAGCCUUGUCUAGAUGUUCUGUUUCUUUUUAUUUCAGUAAGUCUGGGUCUUUAGAUAUUGGUAUACCUUCUUUUUAAACACAAGUUUACUGGUUAACCUUGUAAUGGCAGACAUAUGGAAGACUAUUCCAUGUUUUCAUACCUCUGAACAUGACAGUACACUGUCUGGAGGUAGUAUUGGUGAGUGGAAGUGGGAAAUAACUAUUUGAUGCAUGCCUUGUAUAAUCACUUUGUUACUAUUAUUUUUCAGAUGCUCCAGAGAAGAACAAUUCAGAGCCCAGUACUGCCGGUGAUGAAGAGCCAAAGGGCUGGUGGUUUUCUGACAUCCAUGCUAAGAGUUUCAGUGCUCAGCAGAAAUGUGAGAACAGCCUCGGCCUUGAAGAAAGCAUGACAGCUGUGAGAGAUGCUGUGAGGGUUCAAGGUCCAUUUGACGGCAUCCUGGGCUUCAGUCAGGGAGCAGCUUUUGUGGCCAUGCUGUGCUCUCUUCAGGAACAAAAACUGGAGCCAGAGUUCAGCUUCCGCUUUGCCAUCCUAGUUGCUGGUUUCCGCAGUGCCUGUAAUGAACACCAAAAAUUCUACGAUGCACCCCUCCUGAUCCCCUCUCUGCAUGUAUUUGGACUGGAGGAUCGAGUCAUCCCAGACAACAUGAGCAGGGAGCUCCUCCCAUCAUUUCAGGAUGCCCAGGUUCUCACACAUCCUGGUGGCCAUUUUGUUCCCGCUGCAUCUGCUCAUAGACAAACAUACCAGGACUUUCUCAAGAGGUUUCAGUGAAGAGAGGAAGCCACAGGGACCGAGAUGAGUUAAAAGCUACCAACAUGGAAGACUUGAUGACAAAAAUAUGACCAGAGAAUGUUGAUUAUGUAUUGUUCAGAAAAAUCAUGUGACAUCUUAACUGGAUCCAUGAGGCACUUAGGGUAAAAUGCCAAACUUGAUGUCCUAACUUUUCUCUCAGGAAGAGCUGUUCUGGUCUGAUCUAUCCAGAACCAUAUAGUGCCUGCUAUCCUUCUAAAGGAACAUGUCACGUAACAUAAAAUGAAAAAAUAUUGCUAACUUAAUUUAUUCAAGUCUAUUUUUGUGAGCUGUGUGAUAAUUUUAAAGUUAAUCUGUAACAAAUAAAAUUCAACAGCCUCAUUUUUUCUGA